AUCGCCAUCAAGGAUCUGCGUGUGACUGGAGUGAUAGCCAAAACAAAUAAGUUACAGAGCAAUGAUUCUGCCUUAGUGCCACACACUAAAAAACAAAGUUUAGAUUGAAAUUUAAACAGAAAAAUAAUUUAUUUUGCAUUCGUAACUUUUAGCUGUAAUAUGGAGGAUGAAACGACAGAUACGGCACCAAGAGAGCGUAAAAUUCGUCGCGGCAUCGUCCUACUGAGCUCCUUUCAAGUCGGUCUUGGCGCUGUCAUAAUCGGGAUGUCAUUUACCGCGUUUGCAUCGACUUCUUCUUCAAAAAUACGUAGUUCCUCGCCUUAUUGGGCAGGAUUUAUGGCUCUUUUUACUGGAUCAGUUGGCUUUUUGACUUGGAAGCAGUUAUCUAUUGUGUCGAUCGGUAUAUACACAUUUUUGUCCACUGCAUGCGUGGUCAUUUGCCUGGUGGCAACUGUCUUAACUGGGGAUGCAGCGACUUUCCUAAAGGCCAUCACAUAUUGCCAGGAAGUUAAAUUUGAACAUGCAUGUCAGUGCUGCAUUGGGAACGAUACCUGCGACGACCCUAGGUAUAAGUUCCCAAGUGUACGGAAUUGUGAUGCCCUAAACGGUUUUCUCAUAGACAUAAUGUACUGUCUCUGCAUUUCGAAUGUCUUGUGUUGCCUGAUGUGUUUAGUGGUCACGUUGGUCGGUUGUACAUUGGGUGCACAAUAUAGUCGUUAUAGCCAGAAUUGUGCUUUUCGAUUGGCGCAGUCCCCUCAUUCCAAUUACGACCAUCGUUAUGACUGGUCGCCUUUUCUAUCGACGCUUCAGACAACUUCCCGCCUUGUGCACCUCCUGUAUUGUCCUGCAUCCCGAGGUGCGAGUAGCAACAACCGAAAUGGACUUCCGAAGCUUUUUGAUUCCGUGGAUUUUCCACCUCCAUAUACUUCACGUGAGCCGUCGAUUGCAGAUCGUCGUGAUCUGCUAAACGCCGACUUCAGUAUUGGCAAUCGCGGCAUAUCGUGGGAAAGGUUAGGACCUACUGCGUUUCGCUUUUCUUAUCAGACUCAGACGGCUACUGUUUCCGAUGAAAGCGUUGAUUAUAUUGAACGAACAAUUUUUCGAGGACGUGCAUCAACAUCAGGCUCCAGUGAGGCUGAAGAGAGUUCUCAAUUCGGGAGGAACACUGACAUGCAAGGUGCGAAUGUAGUCAGUCAAUCAGUUCGCAACACUUGUGUCAGUGAGACAAUCUCUUCUAUUUCGACUGAAUCGGAGUUGGAGACUACAGGCCUCGAGUCUGCACGCGUUUCCUCGCUUCCUAUGACAGGUGUCACUACUGAUGCUGUUGUGUCUCAUUGCUACGAGCAAAUGAGACGCCAUUCGUGGGUACAGCUUGUCGAAUCUAUGCAUUCGGAGAGUGCCUUUUGUCUGCAUGACGAGAGUUCUCGAGCACACAACACCCCUCUUAUUUAUCCUUGGAUCCGAAACGUGAGUGGAGUCAUUGGAACUGUUACCAUUGAUUCCUACAAUGCUGCCUUGUGGACAAAACCACGUGCAAAUAGCAGCCCAGUUUGCCCCAAGUCACACGACAAAGCUUGCGAUUGACGCACCACUCUGUGAUGAAGAGCGUCCGCCAAUACAAGGGGAGAUCUCGUUAUUUUCCCGUAUCGAUCAAGCUACUUUGACGACUGUUGGGUGUGAAGCGCACGAUGAUGUCGAGUUGCCAAGAGGUUUUGGUCAUGCUAGCACUAAUAACGUUCAUGUGAAGCCAAGAACGUUCACAAAUAGUCCAAAUUGUAAUUCAUUGCAAAUCAACUCAUCCACAGUCUCUGAGGAUGUUUCUCAAGUCGCCCCUGUUGGGAAUAACGAAUCAAAUUCGGCUUUCUCAAGGGAAACUGCGUUGUAGGGUGGCCGUGAUGUGCGAAAAGAAAACGUAGUACUCUCGUAUGUGUUGUGUGUAACCUCUACGUGAUUGCGUGUAUUUUAAAUUUAUAGGGAAGGUGUGCAGAAAGUACUGAGAGAAUUUUGAAUAACGUUUUUUAAUUUAAAUCUUAUAUAUAUAUAGGUUAGGUUAGGUUAGGUUAUGUGUUGCGAAAUUAAAUAUAAUAAGAUUA